GCAGAUGACAGCGACACGGACACAAACCACUGACAGACUCUCAUAUCGGCGCAGUGUGGGCUCGAGAAAUGACUGAUAGAUACUGUUGUGACGUUCAUUCUGAAUAGAAAACAGGAGGAAUUGACGCAGACAUGGACCAGGAGUUUGAAGACAUAGAUUCAGAGGGCCGCUGGCAGAACCUUUAUUUAGAAAUACGCAACCAGUCACAUGAGUCUGCGUUCAAAGUGGCCAAGUAUACUGAGAAUCGCAACCGCAACAGAUACAGAGAUGUAAGCCCGUUUGACCACAGUCGGGUGAAGUUAGAAAACACAGAGAAUGACUACAUUAAUGCAAGCCUGGUGGUUACGGAAGAAGCACAGAGAAGAUACAUACUUACCCAGGGUCCAUUGAGGAACACCUGUGGUCACUUUUGGCUGAUGAUCUGGGAGCAGAAGACCAAAGCAGUUAUCAUGCUCAACAGAAUUAUAGAAAAAGGCUCGGAAAAGUGUGCACAGUACUGGCCAACGCAAGAAGAAUGUGAGAUGUCGUUUCGCGACACCCGCUUUGUGGUGACACUAGUAUCAGAGGAUGUGAAGUCCUAUUACACCACCAGAGUGCUGGAACUACAGAACACAAAUACUGGGGAGACGAGAGAGAUCUACCACUUUCAUUAUACCACUUGGCCUGACUUUGGCGUACCAGAAUCCCCUGCCAGCUUCUUGAACUUCCUGUUUAAGGUGCGGGAGUCCGGCUCACUCGGGAUGGAUCAGGGUCCAGCUGUGGUGCACUGCAGUGCGGGCAUUGGACGAUCUGGAACAUUCUCUCUGGUCGACACUUGUCUUGUCUUGAUGGAGAAAAAGAAAGACCCACUGGCAGUGGACAUUAAAAAGAUUCUGCUGGACAUGAGGAAGUAUCGGAUGGGUCUGAUUCAGACCCCUGACCAGCUGCGUUUCUCAUACAUGUCUGUGCUGGAAGGAGCCAAGUAUAUUAUGGGAGACUCCUCUGUGCAGAAACAGUGGCGAGAGCUCUCCAGAGAAGACCACGAGCCCCUGUCUGAGUCUCCCCCACCAACACAACCUUCUAAAUGCACAGAGCGCUACAACGGCAGCAAGCUGUCUCGUCUGGAGGAUGGGAUGGACACAAAGACAGCAAAAAAAACAGGCCUAGAGUCUCCAAAUAAAGAACCAGAAAGAGAUGCUGGAACAAAUGGUCGUAAGAGACAGAGGGAUGAGAAGUUGUCCAACCCAUCACAGAAGACUCCGAAACAGACAAAACCCAGAAUCAAUGACCCAGAUAAGAAGAGGAAAAGAGCGAGAACAACCAGUGACUCCUAACUCCAUGGCAACCUCAGCAAGAGAUCUCCAUCCCAUAAUGCUCCCCCAUCCACCUCUGUGUUUUUUAAAACCGUUUACAGCAUGAACUCUUGGAGGAAGUUUCUCCACUCUGCACAACAGCACACACCAGCACUAUUACAGUGGAUGAAUCUCAAUAAUAUCAAGAGGACAGUGCAUCGCCAUGGUUUGGAUUGGUUUUAAUUUCAUUGGACCUAUUUUGUGUCUUUGGUUAUUUUAUUUUUUUAAUAAUAAUUAUUAUAUUUUUUUUGCUCUUUGAUUUUGUUGGGGAAACAAGCAGCAGGAUCUGAAGUAGUUUUAUGCAUUUCUAAUGCUGUUCACACAUUGUAUUUUUAGACAACUUUUUUCAGAGGCAAAAUGAAAUGCUUUAUUUUUUAUAAGAAAUUACUUGAAAUUUCCUAUCAUAACUGCAGGACUGUACGCUCAUAUCCAGUUCAUGAGAUUGUUAGAUGAUGUCUUAUGCUGAUGAGUGGUCACAUUGUGUACAUAGUGUACCUUAUGAAAUGUAAAAAAAGAAAUUGAAUGUACAAAAUGAUUAACAGACACUGCAUUUGGUUGAGACACACAGAACAAACCAACAGUGUCUGAUGUUGAAGAGUCUUACUUUUCUAUAUACAAGAGUUGGAUCCAUGAAUAAAACUAACAUCAUUUAGUUUCUCUAA